GCCACGCAAUGCCAUGCCAUCCCCAUACAGCCUGUGGUGGCAUCCGCGACGAUCCAGGAUCCGUGUCCUAUUCCAUUGAAACCCCGUCUCGGCCAAACUCCAGACUCACUGCGUGCCGCCCGUCAUCUUCUUUGCUUCCAGUCCUUCCUUCUCCUCGCUUUCGCUGGUCGGGCGCGCCUUGGCAGACAUAUCGAUACUCCCAUCAUAGUGCGGCCAGGAUCUUAGACUUUCGUCCACGCGAGCUACUGCGACAGCGCUACCGAUCCUCCAUCUGCUUGGCGUCCGUUCCAAUUGAUUAUCGAUAACUCGAGGACCCUUUGCCCCUUGCGCCUGCUCCAAGGCCUCUUGUGCCCAGUGCGCGUUCACGACCCAAACGCGACGUCGCGAACACUACAGAGCUUCCCCUGCGCGACCGAGAGCACGACGGUGCCAAGACCACACAAUGAGGUUCUCACCUCUCGCCAUACUCACGGCCGCCGCCGCGCUGGCAAAGGGGCAGAGUCUGGAUCCAGAGGCCAUCAAUGCGAAGAAGGCCACCGUAUUCAACGACAUCAAGGUGCCCCCGCUGAUGGACCUCACGCCAUCCAACUUCGACGAUGAGAUCAAGAAGACAAAGUACAUGCUGGUCAAGCACUAUAGUCCGUACUGCCCUCAUUGCAUCGAUUACGCCCCCACGUUCCAGACGCUGUACGAGUUUUACUACACAUCCCUCUCCGAUGGCGACGGCGACGCGAGCUUCCUCGAAUACUACGACUUCCGGUUCGGCAUGAUUAACUGUGUCGCCUAUUACGAUCUCUGCGUCAAAAACGGGGUGCAGACCUACCCCAUGACCAGCCUCUUCGAGGACGGCGUGGACGUCGAGGACCUGAGGGGUGUCAAGUCUAUGGAUGAGCUCGGUGUCCUCAUGGAGACCGUGCUCGAGAAACAGCGCCCAGGGUCGCGGCCAAGCUCGAUCCAGCUGCCCAAAGCUGGCAAACAUUAUCCUCCAGGCAAAACGGACGAGACUACGGCCGAGUCGACCGAGAAAGCCGACGCGGAAUCGGCCGCUGGGGCUGAAGCUGGAUCUGAGAAAGCAGAGGAAAAGGUCGACACCAAGAAGCAUAGUGACAAGGAGCCUCAGGAUGCUGACAAGACGGACAAGUCCGCCGGCGACGCCACUAGCGCCCCUGACGCCAAGUGGAAGUCACCCACUCCGGCCGAGGUAUUCAACAACAGGAGGCCGAAGGAGCCUACGACCACGCCCAACCCGAACGGGGUCUCGAUCUCGCUCUCGGCAGAGAGCUUCCCGCAACUUGUCACAAAGACACAGGACCCUUGGUUCAUCAAGUUCUACGCUCCAUGGUGCCCCCACUGCCAAGCCAUGGGCCCAACCUGGGAUCAGCUGUCCAAGUCGAUGCAGGGCAAGCUGAACGUGGGUGAGGUGAACUGUGACAAGGAGCCCCGUUUGUGUAAGGAGGCUAAUGCCCGUUCGUACCCUACGAUCCUGUUCUUCAAGGGUGGUGAGCGCGCCGAAUACCACGGCCUACGAGGCUUGGGUGACUUCAUCUCGUACGCUGAAAGUGCCCUCGACCUGGCCAGCGGCGUCCCCGACGUGACGGCCGCCGAGUUCGAGGCGCUCGAAGAAAAGGAAGACGUCAUCUUCACCUACUUUUACGACCACGCCACCACGACGGAGGACUUUACCGCCCUGGAGAGCCUGCCCCUGAGCCUCAUUGGGCACGCCAAGCUUGUCAAGACCAACGACCCCAAACUCGCCGAGAGAUUCAAGGUGACGACCUGGCCGCGUCUGUUGGUGUCCCGCGACGGCCGCCCGACAUAUUACGAGCCCAUCACCCCUGAUGCCAUGCGGGACGUCCAUGGGCUCAUGGACUGGAUGAGCUCCGUGUGGCUGCCUCUUGUGCCUGAACUGACCGCGGCCAACGCGAAGCAGAUUAUGGACGACAAGAUUGUGGUCCUCGCAAUUCUGAACCGCGACGAUACUACCGGCUUCCCGACCGCGCUCAAGGAGAUCAAGACCGCCGCCAACGAGUGGAUGGAUCGUCAAAUCUCCGAGUUCCAGCUGGAGCGCAAGAAGCUGCGUGACGCCAAGCAGAUGCGCAUCGAGGAGGCCGCCGACCGUGGCGAUGAACGUGCGCUUCGUAACGCCAAGCUCAUCCGCAUCGACAUGAACGAGCACGCCAAGAAGGAGGUGGGCUUCGCCUGGGUCGACGGUGUCUUUUGGCAGCGCUGGAUCCGCACCACCUACGGCAUCGACGUGAAGGAUGGCGAGCGCGUCAUCAUCAACGACCAAGACGUACGCUUCUCCUCCCUCGUCCCCUACCGACUCACGAGUAGUAGUACUGACCCCUUGUCGCAGAGCCGCCAGUAUUGGGACCAGACCGCCACGGGCAACUACAUCAUGGUCAGCCGGACCGCCAUCUCCGAGUCGCUCGACAAGAUCGUCUACGGGCCCAACACCAUCAAGGCCAAGCUGACGGCGUCGCUGAUUGAAAAUUUCUUCCUCGACAUUCGUAGGGGGUUUGUCAGGCACCCGUACCUGAGCGUCGGCUCGGUCGUGGGACUGCUGCUGGCGGCGUGGAUGUGGCUCCGCGGCCGGGUCAGGCGAUCCAAGGGCCACUUUAGACUGGACGAGCCGGUGCAUGGUCUGAAGGAUGGGCUGGGUCUCGGCUUGAUAGGGCAGCAUGGGGUCAGCGAGAAGACGGACUGAAACUGGGGCGAUUGAUUCCCAUGGGAGCUGCCAACCGGAUCGACUAGAGGCGUUGGGGGCGUAUUGACUUGAACGGGUGUCUGCUUGCUUUGUAUAUCCAAGUUGGAGGAGCGUCACCAGUGCACACUGUAAAG